AUUUGGCUCUCGAGCUCGGAUUCCCGUUGUAUCCCCCCCACCAGCUUCGAAGAUACUUGGAGCAAUGCUGCGCUUGGCAGUGGUGCUUCUAGGACUUAUGGUGGGCUUCGGCGCCGAGCUUUGCCUCGAUGAUGGUGUGGCAGAAAGUGAGCGAGCAUACAUCCAGGAUGAUUCCGGCAACAACAUUCUAAUCGGAGUCUUCGAAAUGGCUUGGGCAUCUUCCACCCUUCUUGCCGAGAUGACAGCAGUGAUGAUUCGUGAGGUGCUUGGCUUCCAUGCUCAUGUAGAUCCUACAGUGGGUGGGAAUGGAGCUUCUCCUGUCUUCGCUUUGGCAGGAUGUACCGACUUCAACGACAAAGUCAACCGGAAAUGUGGUACCCAAGAAACGACGAUUCAUGUCAGCGUGGACUCCUGGAUUGGAAGCUAUGCUUCUACCCAGAAUCAAUUUGCCAAGGAGUAUCCAAGAAUUGCCGCGGAGGACUUGGGGAGCAUGGGAUAUCUUGGCGAAGAAUCCAUGUAUGUGAGCCAGGCUAUUCUCAAUGCUGCCUACAGUGAAUCAGGUCUUGCUCUGGACUUCUACAAGAGUUACAACACUUCGCAUCAUGAUCCGAAGAAAUAUUUUGGUUCCAUCCACGAUGUGAACUUGUCAGAGUUGGCGCUCUGCAGUGAGACCGACCUGAGCGACCGGAGCCAAAUGUCGGACUAUGCCAAGUAUUCAGGCGACUAUGACGGGGUUGUCAGCCAACCAGAUGGUACAUUUGUCGCCAAGUGUACCAACGACCGCUGGUGGUAUGCCCCUGCAUGCCGUCACAACGGCUCCGCAUGUAUCCCUGUCUUCACGGCCGGGACCGGGUGGAAAGCACAGCCCAUGAUGCAAUGGUCAACGGCUUACGGAAUUCCAGCGGCUCUCGCAGUCUCUGGCUCGUGGUCCUUGUUCUUGAAGCAUGUGCGGACUUUCCAGUGUCUACACUACUGGUGGGUUCCAGAUUCCACUUUCAUCCAAAUGUUGCCAGAACAGCUGGUUUUUGCACGUCACAGUGCCAAUGAGUGGCUUGCUGGAGACAAGAAGACAGGAGGUGCAGGAAGCUAUGUGUCCAAGAUGGUCAGCAACAACUUGCAAUCCAAAGCCGGCCGGGUUCGAGAGUUCGUCUCCAACAUCAAUUUCGAGCUGCCCGAAGUGCAACAUCUUCUUUUGGAGUUUGAGCAGACCGGCUCAGCCUACAAUGUUUCCUGCAAGUGGAUAAAAAACAAUCGAGCCAGGUGGUCAGCCUGGAAACCAAAGCUGACCAGCUGCUAUGAAGGCUUCGGCUUGGUUGACGCCUCCGGAGCUUUUGUCCCCAACAGGACACUGGCCGUUGGAUGCGGCCUGUGCCAGGCAGGAACUGCAUCUGAGGAGCUCAUUGAUGAUGAGGGACGGACUUUCCAAUGCAAACAAUGUCCCCCUGGCUACAGCCAAUCGAACACUUACUCCACCCAAUGUGAGCCGUGUCCGAAGGGCACUUCAGCCAGCAUGUUUGGAAGCAUAGCAUGCACUCCCUGCGAUGAAGGAGCGUAUCAACCGGAUACCGCUCAGACCUCAUGUAUCCCUUGUGCUGCUUCCCGAACAACCCUUCUCUUGGGUGCAUCAUCUUUGGCAGAUUGCGUGUGCCAGGCAGGGAAAAUCGAGCAGCUCUCCAUUUGUGAGGAUUGCAGUGAGGAAAGCAUGCAUUGCCCCAAGGGUAGCACCAUUGCGAAGCUUGUAGCAGCGCCGGGUACAACCGACACGAGGGGCCCUUUUGUCAAGAAAGGCUUCUUUAGCAAUCCACUAGUACCUCUUGACACUUACAAAUGUACCGCGGAGCUCUUUUGCCCCGGUGGCUCCCCCGGUCAAUGCUUCGGGGAUCGUGAAGGUUUGACUUGUGGCGACUGCGCUGAUGGACAUUACUGGGCUUCCGACCAAUGUGAGCCCUGUGGAGCAGUGUCAGUUGCAUGGGCCCUCUUGGUGACUAUGCUUGUGCUUGGAGUCUGUGGCUCUUAUUAUAUGCUAACAUCCAGCUAUACGGCCAAGGCCAGUGUGAUGAUGUCCACCACAGCAGCCUUGGGAAUGCUAGUGGCCUUAUUCCAGAACUUGGGUGUCUUGAACACAGUUGCUGUUCCAUGGCCAGCUGAAUUGGAAGCAAUCCUGAACUUUGCCUCAGUCUUUACCUUCAACCUUGAUGCUCUUGGCUUUAGUUGUGCUGCUGGAGGCAAUGUCGCCCGGUACGUCAGCACGGCCUCGUUCUUUUGGAUUGUGGUUCUUGCGUUGCCCCUUGUUGGUUUGCUUACGAACUUCAUUCCAAUUCUGAAGCGCCGCAAGCUUGCGUGGGAGCAGAACAAAACAAUCAGCACCACGGGACAGUUCUUGCAGGUCGGGUUCACGACCAUGUGCAAUGUCGGCCUGAUGCCGUUCAUGUGCUACAGGCAUCCUACUGGUCAAGCGAGUAUCUUGAAGUACCCGAAUGUAUUCUGUGGCACAGAUGAGCACGCUCUUUGGUGUGAGACAGCAAGGUUUUGAAGCUACAGUUUUGGAUGACCGGUCCCAACCCAUCCCAUCAUCCUCCAACAUCGUUCAUUUGCACAUGAUGACCAAGGUGAUCAUGCGGGUCUUUGGGGUGUUGGUGCUUGUUUUGGCCUUCACCUUCUUCACAGCGGCUUGCUACGCUGCAUAUCAAGCGCCAAAAUGGUCAGGCAAACCAAGGCCCAAGGGUUCCACCUGCGACCGCCGCUUUGUAUUGUUUUUGAGGAAGAGUUCAGCCCAAAGUGUGAAUCCCAAUCUUGUCA